ACUGCCGUCCUUUUUUUUUUUUUUUAAAUUAUUUUUUAAUCAUUAUUAUUUAUAUCAUUAUAUCUAAAUGUCUCCUAAAAAUAUGACAUCAACUCAUGUUUCCGUUAAUAACAAUAAACUUAACGGAAACAACAACAACGUAGUAAAAGAAGCUCAUUUUAGAGGCGUUAGGAAACGGCCAUGGGGAAGAUACGCCGCCGAGAUUCGUGAUCCCGGCAAAAAAAGCCGCGUCUGGUUAGGUACCUUCGACACGGCGGAAGAAGCCGCCAGAGCUUACGACACGGCGGCGCGUGAGUUCCGUGGUGCCAAAGCCAAAACCAAUUUCCCUCUCUAUCAUGAUAUUAACAACAACAACAACAAUAAUAAUGACCAGAGUUUGUUAUUGAAGAUGCAAACUCAGAAUGUCAACAUUAAUAAAAGUAGUCAACAAAUUAGUACCACCAGUCAAGGAAGCACCGUCGAAUCAGCGAGUAUUAUUGAUUACGAAUCAAUUAUUCCUCCGCCUUCAUUAGAUCUGAAACUCGGCGUAACCACCGCUCCGGCGCUUCCUUUUCAUCAGAAUAACACGAAUAUGUACCGGUAUCCCACCGGGUUUUUUCCUGCUCAGUCGAACCAGAUCUUUUAUAUCGACGGUGUUUUUUUCUCCGGUCAACCUCAGGCGCCUCAUCAUUUCAACCGCUGUGCCGCCCCUGUUUUCCGUCAAACAGUUAGCGAUGAUGAUUCGAAUUCAUCCUCUGUUGUUGACAUGAGGCCGGUAGUUACGCCGGCACCGCAACUUUUCGAUCUUAAUUUUCCGCCGCCAGCUGAAACAUGAUCUGGAUACGUAUAUAAAUAUAGAUAUAAAUCUCUAUCUAUAUGAGAAAUAGUAUAUAGAUGAUAUGAUGAGAUCGGAGAGUAGGAUUAGCUAUAAUCAUGAAUUGAUUACAAAUACAUCUUUAUUUCGUCGGGUGGGUUGUUCGACUGUAAAUACUGAAUCGGAUCUUUAAUUUUUUUUUGUUAUAGUUAUUUUUAGCAACAUUUAGAGAAGUUUUUAAUGUGUAAUUUCUCUCUGUAUUGUUUGGCAAAUGUAAUCGCAUUUUGUAGAAUUGUUUUGUUAAUUAACCAGAAAA